UCAGUUUUGCUUGGAAAAGGAAGCCUCUCUCCCAGGCAUUCUGAGUGAAAGUAAGCUGUUUUUCAGCCAGACUUUCCCCCCUCUUGCUGGAACUGCUUGUCUGCCUAUUUGUCAUAAGAUUCCGGAGGGGAGGUCACAUGUCAAAAAGGACGGAGUGAGCUCGCUGCAUUUGAUCAUGUGAUAUACUGUCUAAGCCGCUGUUCCUGUACAUGCCCAGUGAAGUGGAGAGAGAGAGAAAGAAUUCUGAGAGCUGAGUGGGGCUGCUGACUGGGAGAUCCUGCUGUUUGGGUGCCAGCUUCUGGCACCCUGGCCCCUCGUGGGCCUGUGUGUAAUGGAGCAACAGCUGCAAGCUGUCGCAGUGGACAGCUAGGUGUGGUGGAGUGAGGGGAAACCCCCCACUACUAUGUGGAAACGGGUUGAAAUUUCAAAGGCAAAUUCCGGACUCAACCCCCAGCAUUAUUUCUGUCCGUGGUUUGGGAUUUGGAAGAGGAAGUAUGGUUUCACACAGCACAGAUGAAUCCACUCAAGCAGUUCAAAAUCACAGCUUUCUCAGUAAUGUUGAAAUGAGGAGCAGGCUGUUCUCGCAUUCACUCUUUUUUUUCAAUGAGAGCCAAGCUCAACAUGCGCGUCACUGGUCUAGGAAUAACUCUGAGCUGAUGCUGCAUUGAUACAGCUCUGUACUUGGAGAAAGAGGCACUAAAUGUCAACAUGAAAUCUGAACUCUGGCUGACUCUUGCCUGCAGCCCCAGCUCAAGGGAUGAAAAUCAAUGAAUCUUGUUACCAUCCAGCCCAAGAUAAACCAACUCCAUGUGGAUUGGGAAUGAAGUCAGGGAUCAGAAGCAAGCUACUGGGAGCCAGUGUUUGGCUGGUAAAACGGUGCUCAGCGCCUGGAAGGAGGCAAUGCCUGGGGACGAUGAAGUGGGAUCUGAGCAGUGUGCAGCAAACUCUCAACAGGAAAGCUCCGAACCUGUGAGUGAGGAGAUGCUUCGCAAUGCCUAUCAUCUGUCCCGGCUCCGGAGUUCCUCUGUGGAAAUACGGGAGAAAGGAUCGGAACGACUGAAGGAGGAGCUGGCAAAGGCACAGAGGGAGCUGAAGCUCAAGGAUGAAGAAUGUGAAAAACUAUCUAAAGUGCGGGAGCAAUUGGAACAGGAACUGGAGGAGCUGACCGCCAGUCUCUUUGAGGAAGCGCAUAAGAUGGUGCGGGAAGCAAACACUAAACAGGCCACAGCUGAGAAGCAACUCAAAGAAGCCCAAGGGAAGAUUGAUGUGCUACUGGCUGAGGUAACUGCACUGAAGACCCUUGUGAUCACAUCUACACCAUCUUCUCCAAAUAGGGAGUUGCACCCGCAGCUCCAGAGCCCCUCAAAGGCUGUCUUUAAGAAGGGUCACAGUCGCAACAAAAGCUUGAGCAGUGCCAUUGUGACAGCAGCGACACAGAACACCCCAUUAAAGCCCAUCAGCAAAGAUGGCAGGGAGGCAGGAGUGCCUACUCUCCUCUCUCUGCUGCUCUGCAUCGUACCUGGGAGGGCAAUUUAUGUCACACCUGAGCCAUAUGGGCAUCUUACCAAGCCAUCGUCUAUACAGGAGCAUCAGAUUGACCUGAUUUUGUUUGAGGAGUUCCAAUCAUGGAAGGAGGAUCCAACCCUUGAUAAGGCUUCUCCGUUCUUGGAGAGGAUUUACCAGGAAGAUAUCAGCCCAUGUCUGUCCUUUGCCAAGCAUGAGCUGACCGAAGCAGUCCAGACUGCUGUGGAGAACAACACUUUAAGCAUUGAGCCAGCUGCUGCCCAAGCACUACCAGUAGUCAAGGCCUCGGCAAUGGAGUGUGGAGGACCAAAUGGGUGGCGGGCUGAAGUAUUGACGAAAUGUGCACUAAGUGGCCUAUCCAGAACCUGUAAGCAUCGCAUCAAACUGGGGGACUCGGGAAAUUAUUUCUACAUUUCACCAUCCUGCAGGUCCAGGAUUACUGCUGUUUGCAAUUUCUUCACAUAUAUUCGUUAUAUCCAACAAGGUUUAGUCCGACAAGAUGUGGAACAGAUGUACUGGGAAGUGAUGAAGCUGAGGAAGGAAAUGUCCAUUGCUAAACUAGGAUACUAUACCGAGGAGUCUUAAUCUCUGGGUUGGUGCCCCAGAUUCAGGACUAAGCUUCAAGUCAAGGGGCCAUUCAUUUAGGCAAUGUGGAAAAUGCCAUCAAAAAACAAACAUGAGCUUUUGCUUCCACGAAGAGCAGGAAAUGAACAGGAAGUGUGGUGAUGGCCUCCAUGGCCUGGGCUAUAUUUUAAAAAAAUGUAUUAAAUAUUGAGGAGUGACUACAGAUAAUAUACAGGGUAAUCUUCUUAUCUCAUUAGCCAUUGAUCAAAGGUCCUGUAAUUUGGAUCUUUGUUGCAACAAUCAAGAACUGUAACCACAAAUCAGCUUUUGUGCCUGUUAGGCCUCAGUGGCUUACUUCCUUUGUUUAGUUGGUAUGAAAUGGAGCAAGGUGGUUCUUGGAUGACCAUUUGAAGGAAAAAUAAGUUUUAAGCCUUUCAAUGCAUUGAAGUGGAACAUUGGACUUCCAACGAGGGCACUAAGCCCAGCCAUGAUUGUGGCAAUUUAUUUUGCCCUCUAUGGGGUGCGAUUCACCAGUUCACUUUUUUUUUAAAGAAACAAACUCCUGGGUAAGGCCAGUGUUGAGUUGGCUGAGAUAGUCCUGUUAUAAUCACAUCAGAUAGCAGCAAUGAUGAUGUAGCAAAGAGGUCUAAAGCCAAGUAUAGAGACUGGUCCCAAAACAAACCACCCUCCCCACCCACCACUCCCAACCCUAAAUUUCCCCUCCACAACUAGAUACUGGAAAGCCUCUUGCACCUACAAAACUGUUCCUCAACAAACUAGAACAGCUUCAAGAGGCCAGGGAAGGAGGAAUUUGUUUUUUUUUGGGGGGGGGGGCAAUGGUUUUGAUAGAUGCAUGAAAAUGUCAUCAAUGUUGCACUUGUGCUAGUGCAAGGGGUGCUUAAUUAUGAGGACGUGGUUCUCGUAGAUUACCAUAACUGUGAAAUGGUCUCAGUCAGUGAUUUGAUCCUAUCAAUUCCAUGAAUCAUUGAGAUGGCUGUCGUGCUUUCUGCCAGCUCCUGAAACUCUGUUUGUCAUUGUUUCUUUACACAGUCCCACAAAAUUCACUUUCAACUGUCCAUAUUGUAAUCUUCCAGCUGAGCCAUUUGGCUCUGACCUGUUGGUUUAUUCACAUGUAAUAUGUUCGGUUACUCCAUUGUGUUGGACAGUCUAUGCUACCAGCUGAUAUUCAAUGUCAUUCUGGCUUUCGCUUCUGUACUUGUAUAGUGCCAAGGCCGACAGAAAUAUGGAUUGUGCACUAGACUAACGUAUUCUUCUGUUCAUAUUCCAUUGUGCAUCUCUCCUCUUCCAUAACCUUGCAAUGAUGUUGUUGCAUCAUUUCCAUGAUGACCAGUCUUCUCAGCAAUAAAUCUCAUGACCUAUGUAAUGUUUCCAAAUGCCUCAUUGUGAUGCACAGAAUCCGGAGGACAGGAGCCAAGACUUUCAGUUCUUAACCUUUUGAUUGCAAACUGGCUUGAACCAAGUAUCAUUCCUCUACAUGUUUACCUUGUACUAGAGUAUUAUAAUCACUACAAAAUUCUUUAUAAUCCAUACAUUACUAUUGAAGGAGCACCAACAAAUCGUUUGCAAACAUUAAAAUUAAUUUGUGCCAAUUUUCUUCCUCCUCCUUGUGUUCAAAGUGAAGCCUCUUGCGGGAUGAGCAGCAAUGGUUGCCCUCCAGCAUUUGGCCCAAGUGACUUGAGUGAUUGCUGCCAAGCUGUUCAAACUUAGAAAGUAUCAUAGGAGGGACUGCUCUCCUCCUCUUACUGACCAAUGUACUCUCCAGCAGGGGUCACUGGAUAGUAAUCAGGAGGCUGGACCUCUGGCUCUAGAAUCAGUUCUGGAGAAGGGUCAUUGGACCUGAAACACCAGCUCUGCUUCCUUUCCACAGAUGCUACCAGAUCUGCUGAGGUACUCCAGCAAUUUCUGUUUUUGUUUCUGAUUUCCAGGAUACACAGUUCUCUUUUUCUUUUGUAAAAAUAUCUUAUUGUGGGAGAGCUCAAAUGCCCAAAAAUGACACAGUAUUUUUCCUGGCUCUUCCCAUUCCAUUCCCUUUCACUUACUGUAUUCCCUGCAAAAGACAUGUGUUUGCCAAACACAUUUCCUAAAAGUUUUGCUCCUUUAAACUGCAUGGUGCAUGCUUAAUUUUUUUUAAUGACUUUUUUUUUCAGGUAUCAUUAAUUCCAGUGUUUAUUGUGGAGCAUUGUUCACCACUUUCCAACCUAAUGAUUAUUGGACAUGGGGGAGCCAAGCCUCCCUGACAGUCUCUUGAAACUUUCCUUCAAUAGGCUGGACUGACUGUGUAGUUGUACAAAUGAUCAGUACAUUUCUACAGUGUAUGAAUAAAUACUAAUUAUAAAACUGA